AUGACCAAAGCGGUUUUAGUGGCUGUCCUGUGCUACAUGGUGGCGCACGGUUUUGUUGAGCCUCUGCCUACGAACUCGACUUUGUCAGAAACAAUAGCAGUGUCGGUUGAUACUGCAUGCAUGGUUUGUUCGGCAGUCAACUACAAGGAGCUUGGGGGUUGUCUCCGUUCGGCGGAUGUGCAGUGUUACUAUGACCUGUACCUGGCGACGCCUGUAUUCACCGAUUGCGUUACCGGUAGCUACCUAACAAGCACAGUCUACACGCCCACACUACCUGCGUGGGAGGAGAGACACGAGUUGUCUGCUGGACACAAGUUGUCUGCUGGAGACGAGUUGUCUGCUGGACGCCAGACUGAUUUUCUCCACAAUAAGACGGAAUUCCACAAUGGAACGGAAUUCCACAAUGGGACGGGGAGUGAGAACGGCAGUCGUGAACUGCUUAAGAGGCAUGCAAAUAAAUUAAAGAGGGCACAGUAUCGUGCUGAGUUCUUAGCGAGCCGUAAGGACGACUCAACGAAGGAGGAGGAAGACUCAGGCUGGGAACUAUUCCAGAUUCGAUUGGAAGGGAUGGGAACACAAGAAUACACGUUGAAAGACGUGAGCACAGUCGAAUUGAUGGAUUUGGAUGGCUGUAGGUGUAGCUCUCCAAAGUCAAUAGAUACAACGUUCAACAAGGAUGGUACUGUUGACAUUUUGGUCCUGCCACCGCUACCGGAAUUUUCAAGGAUAAAAAUUACCUUUACUGAAACUGAUCUCAAUCUGGAAACGGCUCAUUUAGUAAUUGUCAGUCGGUACAAGCAUCGACCAGAAUCCUUGUGA